AGAGACCAACAUUUAGAAAAAGAAAGAAAAAAGUGAUACAAACAGCAAAGUAUGUGAGAUUGUGAAACGCCAAAAGCUCAUACUUCUUUCUGUUUUCUAUGGCCGAGAAAAUCAAUGAGAUCGCCGGAAAGAUCACACCUCUCUGCCGGAAAAUGGUUCACGUGGACGUUAAAUGGAGAAUCAUCGAUAAAGUAUCCAUAUUUGGAGACUUUUUUAGGUUUCUAUGGAGAAAAAUCGUAUCUUGCUCAAGUAUCAAUGAAAAACCUAUUAUUUACCGGCGAAUCGUUCAUCGGAUUUCUUCUACCGCCGGCGAGAUCUUCGACGGAGACGAAACCGAAUACGAACCUACUGUUUCCAGUAGAGGGUUCGGUUCAAGUUCAGAUUCAGAUUUGGUUAGUCUCAAGAUCAGCAUAUUAGGCGAUUGUCAAACAGGGAAGACUACUUUUGUAAUCAAAUAUGUGGGAGAUGAGAAUCAAGGGUUCUUGGAGAUGACGGGUUUAAAUUUGAUGGACAAAACGUUUUACGUUCAAGGAGUAACGAUUACGUUUAGCAUUUGGGAUGUAGGAGGUGAUGAAAAGAGGUCAAAAGAUCAUAUACCGAUUGCUUGUAAAGAUUCAGUAGCUAUCUUAUUUAUGUUUGAUCUAACCAGCCGAUCUACUCUUAACAGUGUCUUUGGGUGGUAUAGCCAGGCAAGAAAAUGGAACACGACGGCAAUUCCGAUUCUAAUAGGAACAAAAUUCGAUGAUUUCGUUCGGCUCCCACCAAAUCUACAGUGGACCAUUGUCACUCAGGCAAGAGCUUACGCGAAGGUGAUGAAGGCGUCAUUGUUCUUUUCAAGUGCGACACACAACAUUAAUGUGAACAAGAUCUUCAAAUUCAUUUUGGCUAAACUUUUUAAUUUGCCUUGGAAGAUUGACAGAAAUUUGACCUUAGGUGAACCCAUUAUCGACUACGAUUCCUAAUUUUACUUCUUUUGUUUUUGCUGCUUACUUAUUUUAGUUAUCCUAUUUAUCCCUUUUGUAUAGUUGAGAGAAAAUAGCGUUAGCUUUGCGUAUUUUCAUGUCGAUUGUAAAAUAUAUACGUAAAUAUAUACGUAUAGUUAUAGUGGCAAGACUACAAAGACAAAACUGAUGUGUAGUAUAAAACUCAACAUUUGCUCAAAC